UUGAAGACAGAUAUGAAUCAGGCACUAAAGGCACUAAGUUCGCCAACUUGCUCCACAAAUUCUCAGUCAUCUGCCAGUAAUGAUGGUGAUGAGUUGGCUGCCAAAUUGGCUCGAAGGAAUAUGAUCGCUGAAGGUGAACCAGUGGAGCAAGCAAAACCUCCUAAGCUUUCUGUCUAUUCCGAAUUUCACGAGUUUACACGAAAACAAAUCAAAUAUUUCAUGGAAACAUUUAAGAAGUAUGAUGUAGAUCACGAUAAUUACAUCGAUUUUAAUGAACUGAAACGGAUGAUGGAGAAAUUGGGUGAAGCGCAAACACAUAUCGCGCUAAAAAACAUGCUUAAAUUGGUGGAUGAAGAUCAGGAUGGUAAAGUAAGCCCACGUGAGUUCAUGCUUAUAUUUCGUUAUGCAUCAACCGGUCAACUGUCGUGCGCAAAAGUUUUCAAUGCAUUAGCUGCAUCGGUGGAUGUUGUCAAGGAAGGAGUACAUGCUGCUGCUGAUUUCUUCGAAGCUAAAAUCGAAGAACAAACAAAACUGAGCAGAUUUGAGGAAGAAAUUCGAGCUGAGCAAGAAGAAAAGAAAUUACAACAAGCCGAGAAAAGCGAACGUCGACAGCAGUUCCUUGCAAAUAAAGCAGUUUUCAUAUGAACUGAACUUUGCUAUUAUAAUUUGAUCGCAAACUUUUAAAAUUUUACAAUUAAACAUAUUAAAGCUAUUAAGUAUAUGAUGAAUUGAAUGAAUUCCCCUCAAUUGUUUGUGUUAUUUGAGGUAUUACUGAAGUUUUUUUUUCU